UGAGGUGUUGAGUAGAGGAAGUGCUGGAAGAAGUGAGUGAGGAGCCUUUUUGCUUGUUGGUCUUUUUGCAGGAUGUGGUUGUACUGCUUCAUGGACCAGGAGAAGGUGGGUGUCCAUGGAUGGGGCUUUGUGGCGAUGGCCUGGAUGCUGCGUGAUGCAUAGGCCAUCUUUAGUCUCUCCCUUCACUACCUUUAGUACCUUUAGUACUUGGUCUCGUGUGUCGCUGGUUGAGAGUCGCCGUCAGAGCCAAGACACAACCACCACAAACGCACCAGGACACAUCGCCCGGGGACUCAGCAUGAUUGAUCUGGGCUACGAGAAUGUUCUCUUGGCCAGCAUCCUCACAGACAAGUUCGCCAAUCCAACCCCCAUCGAACAGCUCAUCUCCGAGUUCGAUGGCGUCACCCUACGCAUCGUCACACCGGACCCCAAACAGCCGCAUCUCCUGCAGCUCUCAAUGGCAAUGACUUGUUUUGAUGUCCUUGCCGGGUAUGGUGCCUUGGAUGUCAUGGAGCGCGAAUACCCGGGUCUCAAAACAGAGACUGAACCAGGGUAUGAUUAUACGCUACUGCUGGAUCUACAACAACUACCGGAAGACCCUGAUGCGCGGCAGUCUCUCAUCAAUAAGCUCGCUUUGAUCAAGCGAAAUGCACUCGCAGCGCCCUUUGAGCGGGCCUUUAGCCAGCAUGAGCAGUUGGCGGCACAAAACUCAGAGACGAGCAUCUCCGAGGAUAUGAUGGUGAUUCAGUACCGAGAGGAGGAAGCCAUCUUCAUUCAAGCGAGCAAUGAUCGUGUCACAGUCAUCUUCUCAACGGUGUUUAGGGAAGAAACCGACCGUGUCUUUGCAAAAGUCUUUCUCCAGGAAUUCUACGAUGCUCGACGUCGUCCAGCUGUACAGAAUGCGCCGCAGGUUCUCUUCACCAUUCGUGAUCCGCCCCUUGAGAUUCGCAACCAAAAGGGUCUCAAGUUGAAUGACAAUAUGGGGUAUGUCACGUUUGUUCUCUUUCCACGACACUUUACAGGACAUCGCAAAGACGCAUGUAUCAGUCAUAUCCAGAUGUUUCGCAAUACCUUGCACUUCCACAUCAAGGCGAGCAAGGCGUACAUGCACCAGAGGAUGCGUGCGAGGGUGUCUGAGUUUCUCAAGAUUUUGAACAGAGCCAAGCCGGAGCAGGUGGAGCGGGAGCGCAAGACUGCUGCUGGAAAGAGGUUCACGCAGCGAUGAAUAGGAUAGCUACUACUAGUCUACUACUGAUGCAACUGAUGCUGAGUGUCUGUCC